UUUUCCUGCCAUCGCCCCCACCUUUUCCCCGUUUCCUUCUCGCUCGCAUGCUUUCCCUGAAAUGAGAUCUUUGGUUUGGCUGGUUUCUUUAAGACCUGUGCGUCCAAAUCGCCCUGCCUUUUGAUCCCAAUUUUCUUCUUUUCCCUGCCCUCCCAAGGGAAAGCAAGAUUCUUGUGUGAGGUAAAGGAGCCUAGCAGAUAUAACGAGCUGCUCUUGGAUUGUUAUGUCCGGAAAGAUUUGGCCGGCCAAGCUCUCUCUCUAAAGCUCUAGCCACUUCGCACAAAAUAAAAGGAAGCCUUUCGGUGGCUAGUCUGACGGAGAUGGCGCAUGAUCCAAGCCUGGGCUUCGCAGACUACUUCUCGGCGGCGGAUGCCACGGCGGCGUCGGUGGCCACGCUCAUGCCGACGAUGGAGGACGGGGCACCCGAACUGUUCUGUUUGCAUACCGACAUGGAGUAUCUCGGCAUGCGAGGCCUGGCCGCCAUGCCCGGCGCGGCGUCGGCCGCUGCUCAUAGUAACAACAGCAAGGCUGCGCUCAUCGACCCGGGAGCAGACGGCUCCUCGAACACAACCAUGCGCUUCCUGAGCGCCGGGCAGCAGCACCAUCACCAGCCGAGCCAGGCGCCGCUGUCCCUGUCCCUGUGCCGGCCGGAUGGCGUUGGUGUGACGUUACACCAGCACCUCGGCGGCUCGUCUCGGCAGCAGCAGCUGGCGCCCGCGGCAUGGAUGCACGACUAUUCGGUGCCGCAGGGGCAGCACGCGGGCGCGUGGCACCCGCGCAGCUCCAGGUUCCUCCUCCCUGCGCAGCAACUACUGCAGGAGUUCUGCAGCCUCCCCGUGGACACCAGCGCCACCAAGCGCACGAAGGCGGCAACGACAAAGCCUUCGUCGCAGCAGCAAGCAGAGGACGGCGGCGACGGGUCGUCGUCGUCGGCCUCCUGGGCCCCGUCGCCGCAGAUCCAGGCCAUGGACGCGCUGGAGCUGCAGCGGCUCAAGGACAAGCUCUAUAUCAUGCUGGAAGAGGUGGACAGGAGAUACAGGAGGUACUGCGAGCAGAUGAGGUCGCUUGCCGGCGGGUUCGAGGUGGUGGCCGGGGAGAGGGCUUCGGCGGCGUACACGGCGCUGGCGUCGCGGACGAUCUCGAGGCACUUCCGGAACCUGAGGGACGGCAUCGUGGCACAGCUGCAGGCGGUGCGCAAGGCGCUCGGGGAGAAAGACGUGGCGGUGCCGGGGAUGACGCGCGGGGAGACGCCGCGGCUGAGGGUGCUCGACCAGUGCAUCCGCCAGCAGAAGGCGCUCAACCAGCCCGGCAUGAUGGAGAGCCAUCCGUGGCGGCCGCAGCGCGGCCUCCCCGAGCGCGCCGUCACCAUCCUCCGGGCUUGGCUCUUCGAGCACUUUCUGCACCCGUAUCCAAGCGACGUGGAUAAGCACAUUCUGGCUCGCCGGACGGGCCUAUCACGGAGCCAGGUGUCCAACUGGUUCAUCAACGCGCGCGUGCGGCUGUGGAAGCCAAUGAUAGAGGAGAUGUACGUGGAGGAGAUGAAGGGUGACCAGGAUGGCAGCAGCAGCAGGGGCCAGCAGAGUCUAAACCCUAACCAAAGCUGCAGCCACGCCUCCGAGGCGCACGGCGCCUGCGGCGGCCAUGCCGUUGAUGAGGCUGAUGGUGGGUACAACGGUGAUGACCGGAAGCCGACGCGGGCGCAGCUCCUGCACGACGCGGGCUCGUUAGCCUCGAUCGUGAACAUCGGCGGCGUCCCGCGGCUGGAGAACUUCGGCAUCAUGGACCACCUCGACUUCGACGCGUACGACGGCGGCCAGCAGGGGAGCAGCUGGGGUCGCGCCGGCGGCGGCGUGUCUCUGACGCUGGGCCUGCAGCAGCACGACUCACACGACAGCGGCGUGAACAUCGCGUUCGGCGCGCCGCCGUCCGCGCACCACGGCGGCGCCGCGGGGUACCUGUUCACGGCCGGCGGGCAGAUGGAGGGCGGCAUGCACCCGGAGCACGGUCACCACGUCCAGUUCGGCGUGGCCAUUGACGGGGAGACGACGCCGCACGGGCAGGAGCAGUACCGGAACCUGGGCGCCGGGUUUCACCUGCUGCGCGACUUGGCUGGGUGAUCCAUCGGCCGGACGGGUUCGAACGGGUUAAGGAGGUGACGGGGAUGUCGUACCGAUGCAUGCAUGCGCGCGCGCUCUCCCGGGUCCCUGUGUUGUGUGCUACAUCGCUUUAGCUUUUGGUGGUUUUGCUGCUUGCCUGAUGCAUGCCGCUCCCGGCGCGCGGCAGGUCUCUAUCGAUCUCCAACGCCGAUUGAGGGGGCCGGGGUUGCCUGAAUUAUGUGGUGUGCGCAGGGCACCGCCAGCUCGGAUCGAUCGAGUAGUUUGGACGCGCGCAGGUGCAGCUCACCGGCCGGACGUGUAUAGUUGGUACAUGCAACUUAUUUGUCAAAUUGGUGGAUGAUGCAACUUAAUUAUGCAA